AUGCCUCCGAAGAGACGUAGAGAGGCAGAUGAUGGUGGGGAGCAGAACGAGCUCUUUGAUUGGGAUUCUUUGGUUAAGAAUUUGGUUGAGGCCAUGACAAACUUUGUACAUGCGAUAGUCAGAGAGACUCAGAGGUCGAUUGUACAGUCGGAGAGAAAUGUGGUUACGGAGAGACAGGGAGAUGGGGUCGAGAGGGUUUGUUAUAGGUGCAAGCAGACAGGUCAUUUAAAAGCAGAGUGCCCUUGGAGUCGGCCUAGUUUUGGGGUUUGUUUUAAAUGUGGUCAGCCUUAUCAUAGGAAGAAGUAUUGUCCUAAGAAAGGUGGAGCUCCAGUUGGUGGGGUAGGUUCAGGGCAAGGACUAACUCGACCUUCAGUAUCACAGUUUGGUGUUCAGCUUGGAGAGUUAUAG